AUGAUUGAUGCUAUGCCAUAUCUAGGAAAAUGCACUCAAACCAAUGGUUUGCCUCUCGGUGAAUUUUAUGUAAAAGAACUUACAAAAGCAGUUCAUGGCAGUAAUAGAAAUGUCACAUGUGAUAAUUGGUUCACAUCAGUUCCAUUAGCAAAAAACUUGCUAAGGCAGCCAUACAACUUGACCUUGGUCGGCACUAUUAGGUCAAACAAACGGGAAAUACCUGAAGAGCUGAAAAGAAUGCAUUUCAGGCGAGUAAGAACAUCCAUGUUCUGUUAUGAUGGGCCGUUGACGUUAGUGUCGUACAAACCAAAACCGAGCAAGUUGGUGUUUGUUCUAUCAUCGUGUGAUGAAGAGGGCACCGUUCAUACUACCACCGGCAAACCAAAUAUGAUUCAUUUUUAUAAUAGUAAAAGAAGCUUGAAAUUGAUUGAACUAUCAUUGCAAGGCGUAUCACCUAACCAGUUAGGUGUGAUACACAAACUCGAGAACUCCGAACGGCCGCUUCGAAAAAUCGUUAUUCUUGAAAACAGAAUUAUAAAAAAAGCCGAGAAGAAAGUUGAUAUAAUUCCAACUGAUUUAUCAGAUAUUAUAGGAGCGAGCACGAGCCAUGAACCUUUCAAUAUAAUGACGAUACAAUAUAAUGUUAAUUUUGAGUAUAUUUCUGAUAAUACCCUGGAACUGAAAAACAACGAAGAAAAAGAAGACGUAAUUGACACAAAUGUGUAA